AGCCUGAUGAUAACAGCAAACAUACCACAGCACUCUUUGCUGGGCCGCACUGCUUCUCUGCAGAGGGAUUUCUGAUACUUCAACCAUGAUUUUUCAAGCUUUCUUCGAUUGUAUGAAUUUUACUAGUUGGUUUUUGCUCAGUUUUGUAUUGUUAAUUUUAAGUGAUGUAAUACGAAACCGGAGGCCUCGCAACUUUCCACCAGGACCCUGGGCUGUGCCUCUGCUAGGAAAUGUCUUCACUGGAGUAGACUACAAAACAAUGCAUGAGCUGGCUCAGAAGUACGGCCCCGUGUUCAGUUUGAGGAGGGGCAGUGAGAGGAUGGUGUUUGUUGCAGGAUAUAAAAUGGUCAAAGAGGCUCUUGUCAGCCAGCUGGACAGCUUUGUUAAUCGACCAAUCAUCCCUCUUUUCCAUGUUGUAUUAAAGGGCUUAGGGAUAUCUAUGAGCAACGGUUAUCUUUGGAAGAAGCAGAGGAAGUUUGCCAACACUCACCUGCGUUACUUUGGAGAAGGCCAAAAGUCACUGGAGAAGUACAUUGAAGUGGAGUGCAACUUUCUUUGUGAAGCUUUCAAGGAGGAGCAAGGUAGACCAUUCAACCCCCACUACAUCAUGACAAAUGCAGUGGGUAACAUCAUCUCCUCUGUGGUCUUUGGACAUCGCUUUGAAUACACUGAUCCGAGCUUUCGCAAAAUUCUGGAGCUGGACAAUGAUGCCCUUCUGCUUGCUGGUUCAGCUCAGGCACAGCUGUAUGAUGCCUUUCCUGGCUUGAUGAAGUACCUGCCAGGACCUCACCAGACUGUCCAUGCCAACUACAGGGAGAUUGUGGCUUUCUUGAACAGAGAAAUUGAAAAGCACCAGGAAGAGUGGAACCCAGAUGACCCUCGUGAUUUCAUUGAUGCAUAUCUGUCAGAGAUGGAGAAGAAAAAAGAGGAUCCCCGUGCUGGCUUUAAUGCUGAAACACUUCUGGCUUGUACCCUUGACCUGAUUGAGGCUGGGACAGAGACAUCUUCCACCACUCUACGCUGGGCUCUAGUAUUUAUGAUCAACUACCCAGAAAUACAGGAAAAAGUGCAGGCUGAGAUAGACAGAGUAGUUGGACAGUCUCGCCUGCCCACCUUGACCGAUAGGCCCAAACUGCCGUACACUGAUGCUGUUAUCCACGAGACCCAGAGGGUUGGAAAUAUUGUUCCACUGGGAUUACCAAAAAUGGCCAGUAAAGAUUCUACACUGGGAGGAUACUUCAUUCCUAAGGGCACAGCUAUUACCACAAUACUUUCAUCUGUGCUGUUUGAUAAGAAUGAGUGGGAGACUCCAGAUGUCUUCAACCCUGAACAUUUCUUGGACUCAGAGGGCAAAUUUCAAAAAAGAGAUGCCUUCUUGCCAUUUUUAGCAGGUAAACGUGUGUGUAUCGGUGAGCCCCUGGCCAAAAUGGAGCUCUUCCUUUUCUUUGCAUUUCUGCUCCAACGCUUCACCUUCAGACCUGUUCCUGGAAAAAUGCCGAGCUUGGAGGGUGUGUUGGGUUUCAACAAUUCCCCUGAGGAGUUCAGGAUGCAGGCAGUGCCUCGCUGAUGUCAUGUCGGGCAAACACAACGAUGAAUAAACUGAAACUCUACAAGCCUUAUGGGACCACCAAAGAUUUAAUGAAAAUUUUACAUAUUGAGACAUUAUAUGCAUGUUACAAUCCUAAUUGUUGCCAUGCUUUUCUUUAUUGUUUUAUUGUGAAACACUUGAGUUUUUCUAAACACAAAGGACUUCAGAUAUUAUCCUUUGUUUUUAAAUUCACAAAAAUGUUUGAUGUUUGGAUAAAACUCUGCUUAUUUUUAUCUAUAAGCAAGGCCUACACAUGCUUGCUGCACCUCUGUCUCCUCAAUGCCAGUGUGAAAGUAUUUUCUCUAAGUCCAAGUUCAGUGGCAAAAUGUUAUUUUUUUUAUAUAAAUGAAUAAAGUCACUAUAACCCCAGUAAACUCCAUUAAAAAUUAUUUAAAUACU